GAACGACUGUUUUAAAAUGAGCUGAGAGACUGUUACCUGCUCAUUUCUGCAUGGCUGAGCAAAUUCACCCGUAAAUCCAAGUUUCUCUUCAUUUCCAUCACUAUACGUCUCCAAAUUACAGAGAAUUCAUUCCUGAGCUGGAGAGGUGCCAGAAGUUUCUCAUCUAGCUGUCUGUGGGCUGCCUUUUUCUUUCCCUUCUUUGAGGUUUUCUGAUGCCUAGAGUGAGCUCAACUCAAAGGUUUCCAGCCUCACACUCGUCUCACAUUCCCCCACAGUCACACCGAGCUCUGUGAUUCUGAGGAAUAUCGUGUGCCAGCAUCCGAUUCACAAUCUCCUUUUACCUGCAGGUGUUCCAGAAACUUCAAAAUGCGUCUGGAAGAAAUGAAAAGAUUGCAGAAUCCUUUAGAACAAGUUAAUGAUGGAAAAUAUUCACUUGAAAAUCACCAGCUGGCCAUGGAUGUGGACAAUAAUUUUGAAAAGUAUCACCUUAAUCUACAGCCCUUGGAAUCAAAGGUGAAAAUCAUUCAGCGAGCGUGGCGCGAGUACCUGCAGCGGCAGGACCCCCUGGGGAAGAGGAGUCCGUCGCCACCAUCCACGCCCUCAGGGAAGCUGAGCAGCUCCAUCAGCAUGACCACCUUCUCGGACAGCAGCACACCCCUGAUACAAACUAGCUCUGCUUGUUGUAUUUCCCAUGAUCAUCACUUUGCUUGGGAUUCUUUCAGGAAGAUUCAUCCUUACAUCUUUCAGUGGUUGCAGCCCCAUAAAAGAAAAUUAACUCUGCUCUACCUUGACCAGCCUGCCAGACCCACUGGGUUCAUACAUUCUCUCAGGGAGCCCCAGAUAGGAAGACUUGGUUUUACUACCCUCUAAUUGGUAGACAGCAAUGGAGGGGAUAAGAA